AUGAGUUCGAAUAAAAAUGAAGAUCGCGAACUACCCGAUGGUUGGGUUCUAUGUCCCUCCAAAUCAAACCCCGGCAGAAAGUAUUUUUUCAAUAAGAAAACAGGAAAAUCUUCUUGGACAAAACCGCAGGCUAGCGAAAAAUGUCGUGGGCACAGUAAACAUAGAAAUAGGAAAUACAAAACAAAGAAGGAAGACAAGAGUAAACGGGAUGAACCUCCAAGAGUCUCUUUGAAGAGGAAAAGUGAUGGCUAUGAAGAGGUUUCAGCAAAGAAAAGACACAAAGAAGGUAUAUUAGUAUAUGAACAUCCAAUACAUGAGAUGCACACACCAAUAAAAAGGUCAGAGAAACAUAGUCCAUCAAAAAGUUGCAGUUCAAGUAAAAAAGUUAGUCCAACAAAGUCAAGCCUGAACAAGAACACAGCUAACUGUCGUCUGUCUCAGCUAAGGGCGCAAUUAAAUGCCGAAGCAGAGAGAGAAGAGGCCUCUCAUUUGGACCAUACCUCACAAAAAGUUAAUGCAAAAAGAAUCAGUCCAAACUCUACACAAACGGAAACACAAAGCAAAAUAAUAAAAACUGAGGUGCAAAGUCCAGUGUUAAAUGACUCAAAAUGCUCCACAGCAACACCGUCACCAAGCAGUGAUGGUGUACAGUCCACACCAUCUCCGUCACAAUUUUUUGCAGCAAACAAAAUCAUAUCAUCAAUGAAAGCUCAAUUACCUGAUAAAUACUGUGAUAAAUCAAACCAGAACAACACUUUUGCGGAUAUAGAAGCUGGUAUUUGUAAUCAGACUCCCGAAUAUCCUUGCAUGAAGCACCCAGCUACCCCACCACAGUUUUCCGAAGCCAGUAAGCUCAUGUCUGCUAUCAAAUCGAAGCUGUCCUAUAAAAUGCCGUCUAAAGAUACUGAUGUGAAGAAUUUUAGCUCAGCCCAGGAUAGAAUGAGUAAUUUAAGAAAUAGGUUGAGUAAUGAGAUUGGAAUAGACAAAGAUGGUAGCUUAGAAAAUAGUAUAAGUAAUGAAAAUGUAUGUAGCGAGGCAAUGGAUGUUGAUUAUGUAUCUAAAGAGGCAAUGGAAACACCGUCAGUUCAGUUUUCAAAAAACAGUGGAGCCAAUAAAAGUGAGGAUCUGGUUGUUGUAGUAGAUACAAAUGUAUUUAUUCAUGAAUUGGAUUUUAUUAAGAAUGUCCUCAAUUCUCAUAUAAAAGGACAGUCAUUGAGGGAUGCUAAUUCUCAUAUUUAUCCAUGUGAAUUGCCCGAUGAUGAGAUUCUGAACUGCUGCCUUCAACAAUCCGAGAGGGGCAAGUCUGUGAUAUUACUGUCAAAUGACAAGAAUUUGUGCAAUAAAGCUGUGAUAAACGGCGUGAAGAGUAUCUCGCUAGCGGAGCUCCGGCCGCUACUGGAGGCUCCACCCAGAGUUACGGCGGCAGGCGGCGGCGACCUCGCCGGCCUCCACCACCACCGCACCACGCUCUACCACCUGCUGGCCAACAUCCUCGAGAAUGAGAUGCGAGCGAAAUAUGACAAUUUAUGGCAGCAUGUGCUGUUCAAGGCUCCGCCCUGGACCCUCAGUGAUGUGCUCCAGUGUCUGCUCAAGCAUUGGAUCGCAGUGUUCAAUGAAGUGUUCCCACGAAUAGAGCACUUAAUCACAGACUUAAAGAAUGCAUUGAUCUCCAUAGAAAGUAAAGAUCCAAAGUCUCUGAGUCAAUCGGAGGUGACCAACUUCAAGGAACUGUGUGUGGAUGUGGCGAGAAAGUGUCAGAUAAUACCUGAGUACAUGGAACUUGCAAAGCGCACCGUCGAGAAACUACAGAGGCCACCGGCAGCCGUGCAAGCCUUUGAGGCGCUGUGGACCGUUUUCUCUGGAUACUGUUCGAAAGUGUCCUCCGGAGCAACGGGCGCAGUGUCGUCCGACCCCCCGCAGCUAGCGUCCACGGCUCGGGCCCUGUCAGGCGCUCUGUACAGGGCUGUGAGUACGGAGACGGUGAGUGAGGAGCAGGUGUUGCAGCUGGAGGCAGCCGUCAGGGAGGGCCUGGCGCUGAUAGAUGUAGACUGCACCAUCACCACGGAAGAUCUGAGGACGUUUUGCACCAACUGCGGGAACAUGCUACAGGAAGCGUACACAAAGUUCUCGCAAUUGACUGAAGUAUUGGACAAUUGUCUAACUAGCAUUAGUGAUGUUUAAGAUGUAUCUCAGCGCAGUCGCCCUCAAAAGCGUUUACGAAUUUAAUAAUUAUA